UGACCCUUUCAAAGAAACUUAGGAGGGCUUUAUCGCAAGAAGACAACACAAUAUAUUUUUAAAAAGCUAUUUAAAACACCUCUUGUGGAGAUUAUGCUUUUUUUUUUUUCCUGUGCCCUCCUUAGAAUGCACCAAAUAUAAAAGCUUCUUUUUUUUUUUAACUUUACUUUCACGUUCAAGAUUGCAACAAGCUUGCCCCACUUUCCUAAUGAAAACUCUUGGAUUUGGACUAAUGAAAAAAGGAAAAGCCAGCUGUCAUCAGAAUAAAUGAAGGGCAGAAUCAUGAAACACAGUCUGCCUUAUCAUGUCUACCUAUUUUGGGGGCUGUUGUUCUUUUGGAUGCUGUGUACAUCCUCAGCUAGCAAAUGUGCUAUUAGGCAUGAAGUAGCAGACUGCAGUCAUCUGAAGUUGACUCAAGUACCUGAUGACCUCCCGGCAAACAUAACAGUAUUGAACCUUACCCAUAAUCAACUCAGAAGAUUACCACCUGCAAACUUCACAAGAUAUAGCCAACUUACUGUCUUGGACGGAGGAUUUAACUCCAUCUCAAAAUUGGAGCCAGAACUGUGCCAAACCCUCCCCUUGCUGAAAGUUUUGAACCUCCAACACAAUGAGCUAUCUCAAUUUUCUGACAAAACCUUUAUCUUCUGCCUGAGUUUGACUGAACUCCAUCUAAUGUCCAAUUCAAUCCAGAAAAUUCAAAAUAAUCCCUUUAAAAACAUGAAGAAUUUAAUCAAAUUAGAUCUAUCUCAUAAUAGUUUACCAUCUACAAAAUUAGGAACUCAACUCCAACUGGAAAAUCUCCAAGAGCUUCUAUUAUCAAAUAAUAAAAUUUAUGCCUUAACACAUGAAGAACUUGAUUUCCUUGGCAAUACUUCUUUAAAAAAAAUAGAGUUAUCAUCAAAUCAAAUUAAAGAGUUCUCCCCAGGGUGUUUUCGUGCAAUUGGAAAAUUAUUUGGCCUCUCUCUGGACAACGCCCAAUUGGGCCCCAGUCUCACUGAGAAGCUUUGUUUGGAAUUAUCACACACAAGCAUUCAGACGCUAUCUCUGAGCAACACUCAUCUGUACGAGACGAGCAACACGACUUUCAUUGGACUGAAGCAGACAAAUCUCACCAGGCUCGAUCUUUCCUAUAACAGUUUAAGUGUGAUUGCUAAUGACUCCUUUGCUUGGCUCCCAUAUUUGGAAUAUUUCAUUCUGGAGUACAAUAAUAUAGAGCAUUUAUAUUCUCACUCUUUUCAUGGGCUUUUCAAUGUGAGAUACCUGAAUUUGAAACGAUCUUUUAUUAAACAAAGUCUUUCCCUUGCUUUACUUCCCAAGAUUGACGAUUUUUCUUUUCAGUGGCUAAAAUGUUUAGAGUACCUUAACAUGGAAGAUAAUCAUUUUUCAGGCAUAAAACGCAACAUGUUCACUGGAUUGAUAAAUCUGAAAUACUUAAGUCUAUCCAAUUCCUUCACAAGCUUGCGGACUUUAACAAAUGAAACAUUUUUGUCACUUGCUCAUUCUCCUUUACUCAUACUCAACCUAACCAGAAAUAAAAUCUCAAAAAUAGAGAGUGGUGCUUUUUCUUGGUUGGGCCACUUAGAGGUACUUGACCUUGGCCUUAAUGAAAUUGGGCAAGAACUCACAGGCCAGGAAUGGAGAGGUCUGGAAAACAUUGUUGAAAUCUAUAUCUCCUACAACAAAUACCUACAUCUGACUAGCAACUCCUUUACCUCGGUUCCAAGUCUUCAACGACUGAUGCUUCGAAGGGUGGCCUGUAAAAAUGUGGAUAUCUCCCCUUCACCUUUCCGCCCUCUUCAAAACUUGACCAUCCUUGACCUUAGCAAUAAUAAUAUAGCCAACAUAAAUGAUGAAAUGUUGGAAGGUCUUCACAAACUUGAAAUUCUGAAUUUGCAGCACAACAACUUAGCACGGCUCUGGAAACUUGCAAAUCCUGGUGGCCCUGUUCAUUUUUUAAAGGGUCUUUCUCACCUCCAAAUACUUAACUUAGAGUCUAAUGGCUUUGAUGAUGUCCCAGCAGAGGCUUUCAAGGAUUUAUUUGAAUUAAAGAGCAUUGAUUUGGGAUUGAAUAAUCUAAACAUACUUCCACCGUCUUUAUUUGAUCAUCAGUUGUCUCUAAAGUCAUUGAAUCUUCAGAAGAAUCUUAUAACAUCAGUCAAAAAGAAUGUUUUUGGACCAGCUUUCAAGAACUUAACUAAUUUAGAUAUGAGCUUUAAUCCAUUUGACUGUACAUGUGAAAGUAUUGCCUGGUUUGUUAACUGGAUUAAUGGAACCCAUACAAACAUCUCUGAGCUAUCAAAUCAUUACCUCUGCAACACUCCACCUCAAUAUCAUGGUUUCUCGGUGAUGCUCUUUGAUACCUCACCCUGCAAAGACAGUGCCCCCUUUGAGCUCCUUUUCAUGAUAAAUACCAGCAUCCUGUUGAUUUUUACCUUGAUCGUACUGCUUAUCCAUUUUGAGGGUUGGAGGAUAUCUUUUUAUUGGAAUGUUUCAGUGCAUCGAGUUCUUGGAUUCAAGGAAAUAGACAGACAGCCAGAGCAGUUUGAGUAUGCAGCAUAUGUGAUUCAUGCCCAUAACGAUAGUGAUUGGGUUUGGGAACACUUUGCCCCAAUGGAAGAACAAGAUCAGACUCUGAAAUUUUGUCUGGAAGAAAGGGACUUUGAGGCAGGUGCCCUUGAACUUGAAGCAAUUGUUAAUAGCAUCAAAAAGAGCAGAAAAAUUAUUUUUGUUAUAACACAGCAUCUAUUAAAAGAUCCAUUAUGCAAAAGAUUCAAGGUGCACCAUGCAGUUCAACAAGCUAUUGAACAAAAUCUGGAUUCUAUUAUAUUGAUCUUUCUUGAAGAGAUUCCUGAUUAUAAAUUGAAUCAUGCACUCUGUUUGCGAAGAGGAAUGUUUAAAUCUCACUGCAUCUUGAACUGGCCAGUUCACAAAGAACGGAUAAAUGCAUUUCAUCAUAAAUUGAAAGUAGCACUCGGAUCCAGAAAUACAGUACAUUAAAUUUAUUUAAAGACUAAAUUAGCAAAGGAGUGAUUUUCCCAGUUUAAAAAGUUCCAGGGUAAAUUUGAGUUUUACUUGAAAAUAAUUUAAAUCUGCUUAUUCUUAUUUAUAGGUGACGGUAUAUCACACUUAUAUCUCUUCUAUGGAAAGAUGUCUCCUUAUUUCAGGCCCUUAUUGCCAAUUGACUUAAUUUGAUUAACACUUAAUAAACAUGUAAGCACAUAAGAUCAUCCCGUGCUACUGAAUACACAGUCCAGGCCUUUGACAACUUAAGAUAUUUUUAAAAACAGUCCUCAUUUAAAGAAAAGGAAAAGUUAUGUGAGCUUUUGUGACAAUUUUCUUUGAUUUUUUUUGAUGCACUUAGAAUGAAAGAUAAUUGUUUUAAUGGGCUUAAUCCUGUUUCAAUUAUAAAAGAGUAAAAUAUAGACUCAUUAAGGAAUUUUUUUAUUACAGCAUUUUUGUUUUCAAUUGAAAAGAUUUUUAGUUCAGUGAUUCCUAUCCAAGUGUUGAUUUGGGUAAAUGUUAAAUACCUUUUGAUGUACAUACUCAAGGGCAGAAAAUAUAUGCAAUUUAUUUUUUUUUUACUUAAUGAUAUAAAUAAUAAAUACUUAUAUUUUAUUGAUAUUUGGGUUUCUGCUAAAGGAGUUGUUAGAAGAAACAAUUAUCUUAAAAGUAUUGUAGGAAAAAGCUUGCGUUAUAAAUGUGAAUUAGAAGAUUGGCUUUGCAGCAACAAAAUAUCUUCCUCCUCUGGUCAUGGACUCAUGAGAUAGGUUAGCUGAACCACUUGAUCCCAUUGGGAUUCCUUCACUAUCUCUCUUCAAAAUCAUGAUAGUGAACAAUCUCUUAAAUAUUCCUGUAUAAUUAGAGAUGAUGAUGAUUAAUAAAAUCACAUAGGCUCUAUGUAAGCAAAACCAAACACCUAAGCUGGUUUCUAUUCCCUGUAAAUUCCCAGCUUGCUCAGAACACCAAACUUAAAUACUGCCCAUCAGCAGCUAACUUCCUCAUUCUCAUACCACCUAACUUCCGGUUUCCUACACCAGCUAGUUUCCUCACUCCUAAGCAACCACCUGAUCCUGACUUUGUAAGACCUUCCCCCGCCGCGCCCCCCACGUAAACUGAAAAACUAGCGUCAGCCAAUCAGAACAUUUCCUCACUUGCUUCCAUAUUUCCCUACAGGGUAUGAGCUGCUGCUUUCUACCACCACGGUGGAGCUUUCUUCUGCUUUCUGAAAGGAAUGCUGCCAGAUUCAUGAAACACUCAAUAAAGCUGUGAGAUCCAAAAUGGCAUGAGAAGUUUUUCUUUUAUCAGUUUAUAUGGUAUAAUAUAUUCAGAAGGAAUAUAUUAUUGUGCCAUAAUAUAAUAUGCCAUGUGUAAACUAGCAUUUUUGAGAAAGACUAUUAUUUUUAGUAUAUUGUUUGCUUUGCAAUAGAAGCAGCCUAAUGAUUGGAAAUAGACACAAAUAACAUUCUUUUGAUAUUUAUAAUUCUGGUAUCCCAAUAUAAGAGAAAGUUGAAAUUAUAAUGCUGAGUUAGUUUCUGUACCUGGAAUACUCAUUUAUCUGUGGAAUUUAGGAAGCAUUUGAGGUGUCUCAUUUUGGAACUUUGAUAUAAAUAGCUAGGUAGUCUCAGAACGAAGUUCCAAAAAUCCUGGAAAAAGUAAUAUCCCCUCAGCCACUGGUUCUGAAAGGAUAUACAGUCUCCCAACAGUAAGAAUGUACAUAGGACUAUUUUUCAGGUUCACAUUAUAUGCCACACUAACACGAGACAUUUUUUUCACAGUGUUUUUGUUAAGAUUUGUUUUCUCACUGUGAAAUAUUCCUGUUUUCUUUUGGCAUCAUAAAAUAA